CACCCUACACCCCGCUGGAAGCAGCUCACUAUGACAGGGCAGAGUCUGAAGGCUUUAUCUGAAGCGAAUUUUGAAGACAAUGAGAUCAGCAUCAAUGUUGGAGGCUUUAAGAAAAAGAUGAGAUCCAACACAUUGCUAAGGUUCCCUGAGACCAGGCUGGGCAAACUGCUGAGCUGCCACUCAAAGGAGUCGAUACUGGAGCUCUGCGACGACUACGAUGACACCAAGAACGAAUUUUAUUUUGACAGGAACCCCGAGCUCUUUCCUUACGUGCUACAUUUUUAUAACACCGGCAAGCUCCAUGUGAUGGGUGAACUCUGUGUGUUUUCUUUCAGCCAGGAGAUUGAAUACUGGGGAAUCAAUGAAUUCUUUAUAGACUCCUGCUGCAGUUACAGCUACCAUGGGAGGAAAAUGGAGCCAGACCAAGAGAAAUGGGAGGAACAAAGUGACCAGGAAAGUACCACGUCUUCUUUUGAUGAGAUUUUGGCAUUCUACAAUGAUGCCUCUAAAUUUGACAAACAACCCUUUGGAAACAUCCGGAGGCAGCUCUGGCUCGCUUUGGAUAAUCCUGGGUACUCGGUCUUAAGCCGAAUCUUCAGUGUUCUUUCAAUAGUGGUGGUGCUGGGCUCCAUCGUGACCAUGUGCCUGAACAGCCUGCCAGACUUUCAGAUUGUUGACAGCAGCGGGAACCCUGAGGAAGAUCCUCGCUUUGAAAUCGUGGAACACUUUGGUAUUGCAUGGUUCACUUUUGAACUGGUGGCGAGAUUUGCAGUAGCUCCUGACUUUUUAAAAUUUUUCAAGCAUGCCCUGAAUUUGAUUGACCUAAUGUCUAUCCUUCCAUUUUAUAUUACCUUAAUUGUCAACUUAGUGGUAGAAAGCAGUCCAACUUUAGCAAAUUUAGGCAGGGUUGCACAAGUCCUGAGACUCAUGAGGAUCUUUCGCAUCUUAAAGCUUGCUAGACACUCCACAGGUCUCAGGUCUCUUGGAGCCACCCUGAAGUACAGCUACAGAGAGGUGGGGCUUCUUUUACUUUACCUCUCUGUUGGCAUCUCCAUUUUCUCAGUAGUGGCUUACACCAUUGAGAAAGAAGACAAUGAGGGGUUAGCCACCAUCCCUGCUUGCUGGUGGUGGGCUACUGUUAGCAUGACCACAGUUGGCUACGGGGAUGUUGUCCCAGGGAGCACUGCUGGCAAGUUGACGGCAUCUGCAUGCAUCCUAGCCGGAAUCCUAGUGGUAGUGCUUCCCAUUACACUGAUCUUCAACAAAUUCUCCCACUUUUAUAAGCGUCAGAAGCAGUUAGAGAGUGCCAUGAGAAGCUGUGAUUUUGGUGAUGGCAUGAAAGAAGUUCCAUCAGUCAACUUAAGGGACUACUAUGCUUACAAAGUUAAAUCCCUGAUGGCCAGUCUUACCAAUAUGAGCAGGAGCACGCCCAGCGAGCUGAGCCUGAAUGAUUCGCUGCAUUAGUGUACGAAUUUGACAGCAGUUUGCAUGACAGCUGUCAAGAGCUAUGUUCAUAAAUGUUUUCCUGUUUGUCUUCUUUUUUCCUAGAGGAUAGCGUUGCUGACGUUGCACUAACUUUGCACUUGAGAAACUAAAGACAUUUCUAUUACAAGUUGACAGUUUGCACAUUUUCCAUCCUGCUGUGUAGGUACUAAAUGCUGACUUUUCCAUGCAAAUGUUACCACUUCCAUGACAUUAGUGCUAGCGGUAUAGUGAUGAUCUGUUACUUUGUGCGUUUCCUCACCUAAGCAGAGAAAUGAACGUACCCAGGUGGAAUAAAAAUUCUCAGCUGUGACACGAGUAAUGAAAA